AUGCUUUUGAAAACUACAUUCUUUAUUGUUGCUGUGACUUGCGUGAACGCGAUUGGGGACCUUUGGCCACCAUGUUAUGGUCCCAAUGACAAUUGUUGUGAUUCAUGUUCAACUAUUCCAAAUGGCGCUUGGUCGAAAUGGAUUGACUACACUUCUUGUUCAAAAACAUGCGGUCUUUUCGGGAGAAAAGUGCAGCGUCGAACGUGUGACUCUUGGUCAUUUGGAUGUCCAUGCAACGGUGUCUAUUCUCGUGUCGUUCCUUGUGCUCCAACUCCUUGCACAAAAGCUCCAGUCUGUGCCGCCGGAUAUACAAAGUACAAAUCGACAGCUACAAACGCAUACCUUUGCGGCAAUGUGACAAGCACAACCGAUUAUGUAUACCCAGCGUGCAAUGAUAUAUGGGAUGGCCCACUCAACUGUUUCCCUUGUCCUGCUGAAGGUGUUUGGUCAGCUUGGUCAAAUGUUGGUGCUUGUACAGCAACUUGUGGCCUCUUCGGGAAAGUGAAUCAGACAAGAACUUGUGAAUCGGCGAGCUAUGGAUGUGCGUGCACUGGCCCAACCAACCAAGCCUAUGCUUGUCCCAAGAAACCUUGUCCAACAGGAGCACCUUGUUCGGGAGGACAAGUUGUGGUGAAAAAUCUCGUGACUAAUGCGACUCAAUGUGGGCUUCAAUUGGCUCCAGCUCAAGUUCUUCAUCCAGUUGAUUGUUCAACGACAACCACUUCCACAACGAACACUCCAGCUGCUUGUGCUUCUGGUUGUAAUCAAAAUCUGAACAGUUUUCUGAGAGCUGGAGAUGAUGGGGAUUUAUCGUUCAAUUACACCACAGAUGCUUCUGGAUGUUUGACAGCGAAAUUUAUGUGGUUUGCCGUGUAUCGUCCGUACAACGCCACUGCAAAUAUCAUGACCUACAAUGAUGGUGGAAUGCCUAUUCUUAAAUCAAAGUCGAAUGGCGUCUUUCGUUGUGUGAUUGGAAAUGAAUGGCAAGUGGCGGGGCAACCAUUCUCCGAGAUUCAUUGCAACUCACACGGAUAC